GAAAGUACUUCAAGUUAUAUAGUCUAAAUUCGAUCUACUUCUGUUCUUGAAGUAAGUAAUGUCAAAGUGGUACCAUCGCGUAAUUUGUAAUACAUUUUUGUUAAAGUUAAGUUAACAGAGGAUAUUAAUAAACUGUAAGAUCAAUGAAUUCUGCAGUCCUGAGUUAAUUAUUUGAAAAGUAAAUGAUAAAUUUUCAAAUAAGAUUUUUAAAAAAAUUGACGUUUGCUGUAAGAUUGUUUUACAUGGCAGAACACAUAUAGUAUUUUAUACAAUUUCAUUAAGAUUUUUAAUCAAAACUUACAAUGGAUGAUCAGCAAUUAAAUAAUCUAAUUAAAUGGCUAGACACAUUUGAUUUACUAACUCCUCAUUUAACAGCAGAAGACAUAAGUGAUGGUGUAGCCUUAGCAGAUGCCUUGGCUCAAAUUGCCCCAGAAUGGUUUACUGCUGCUUGGAGGGCAAAAAUUAAAACUGAUGUCAGUUCAAACUGGCGGCUCAAAGUUAGUAACCUUAAAAAAAUAGUUGAAGCUGUAAUGGAAUAUUAUGUAGAAUGUUUAAAUCAACCGUUAUCGGGUUAUAUUAAACCUGAUGCAACUAAAAUUGGUGAACACUGUGAUAACCAUGAACUACGUCGUCUGUUGCAAUUAAUACUUGGGUGUGCAGUUAAUUGCAAUCAAAAACAGCAAUAUAUUACAAGAAUUAUGGGUAUGGAAGAGACUGUUCAACAAGCAAUUAUGCAAAGUAUUCAAGAAUUGGAGAGUAAUAUGCAUGGACCAAGAUUAAGUUUAGGCACUAGUCUUAAUUUUGAAUCUUUAGAUGUUGCUGAUGGUACUCAACAAAGACUAUUAGCAGAACUUCAAUUGAAUGUUGAUAUGAAAGAACAAUUGGCACAAAAGUGUCAUGAGCUUGAUCAACAGCUUUCACUAUUACAGGAAGAGAAAGCAGCAUUAGUAGCAGAAAAUAAGAAACUUCAAGAACGGUUAGAUGAAUUUGAAAAUCCAGAGGAAACUGGUUCCAUUUUGAAGUAUUCUGGUCUUAGGAAACAAGUAGAAGCAUUGAAAGAUGAAUUAUUCAAGGUAGAAACUUCUAGAGAUGACUAUAGAUUAAAGGUGGAAUUAUUAGAAAAAGAGGUAUUAGAAUUACAGUCUAGACAAGAAGAUUUGCAAAAAGCAGCAGAGGAAGCCAAUCAUCUAAAAGAUGAAAUAGAUGCAUUAAGAGAGACUGCAGAUAAGGUAGCCAAGUAUGAACUUACAAUAGAAUCAUACAAAAAGAAAAUGGAAGACUUGAGCGAUUUAAGAAGACAAGUUAAAAUAUUGGAAGAUAAAAAUUUAGAAUAUCUACAAUCCAAGAUAGAUUAUGAAGAAGAGUCUAAACGGACUACAAUGCUAAGAAAUCAUUUAGAAGUUUGUAAACAGCAACUUGCUGAAGCACAUCAUAAGUUAGAUGAACAAACUAAUAAGUGUGAUAAACUUGAAUUUGAAGGGAAAAAAAUGGAAACCAAAUUAAACACUUUACAAAGGGAGAGGGAUAGAUUGAUUGUGGAAAGAGAUGCUUUAAAAGAAACAAAUGAGGAAUUGAAAUGUACACAAUUACAGGCUGCAGAAAAUAUGACAAAACCUAGUACUGAGAGUACUGUUACAAAUACAGAAAUGAUACCACUUGAAAUUAAAGAAAAGUUAUUAUUUCUGCAACAUGAGAAUAAAAUGUUGAAGCUUAAGCAGAAGGGUAACGAAGGCGAAGACAAGUUACCAACGGUUCAAGCAUUAUUAGAAGAUUCAGAAGAAAGAUUAAAUGCACUCAGAGUUCAAAAUCGUAAAGCAAAUCAAAAAAUAAUUGAAUUAGAAAAUCGCUUGGAAGAAGUAUCGGGAAAUCAUGCAAAUGGUGAUACUAAAACUGAUAAUAGUAAUUUAGGGCAAAAGAUAACAAACUUGCAAGAUGAAUUAAGAAGGGUACAAGCUGAAAAGGAACGUUUGAUUUUACAAGUUGAAGAACGAGAAAACGCGCUACAGGCUCAGAAACAAAAGGCCUUUACUCUUCAAGAAAAAUUAACGCGUCGAGAAUAUGAUAAUGCGGCGCUUGAAGAACGUUAUAAAAAAUAUGUAGAAAAAGCAAAAAGCGUCAUAAAAAGUUUAGAUCCUAAACAAAACAAUUCAUCUCCAAAUGAAGUAGCUGUUUUAAGAAAUCAAAUUUUAGAACAACGUAAAAUUAUGGAGGAUAUGGAACGAUCUUUUAAGGAAUCUAAAUUAAUUACAGAGAUGGAAGAAAAAUUAAUAUUAUCUGCUUUUUAUCGUUUAGGUUUAACUUGUCAUAGAGAAGCAAUAGAUCAGCGUCUUGCUGCUCUAAGUUCUGGUCAGGGACAGUCUUUUUUAGCAAGACAAAGACAACCGUCCGCUAGACGUCAUCCGCCUUAUAAUUCUAAGUAAGAACUAAUAAAAAGAUUAUAUUCGCUGAUUUUAUUUAAAAAUAUGAUAAUUAUACUAAUAACAAUAAUUAAAAAUAU